CGGGGCCGCGCGUGCGCUCUCCCGCCCUGUCGUGCGCAUGCGCCUUAGCCGCUCGCUCGCUCCCGGGAGAGGAUGGCGGGGGCCGCGCCGGGCGCCAUCAUGGAGGAGGAGUACUUCGUGAACGCGGCCGAGCGGGGCGACGAGGCGGAAGGCGGCCAGCAGGAGGAGGAGUAUGCCGAGGGGGAGGACGACGCUGAGGUCCAGCAGGAGUGCCUCCACAAGUUCUCCACCCGGGACUACAUAAUGGAGCCCUCCAUCUUCAACACCCUCAAGAGGUACUUUCAGGCAGGAGGGUCUCCGGAGAACGUGAUCCAGCUCUUGUCAGAGAACUACACGGCCGUGGCCCAGACCGUCAACCUGCUGGCCGAGUGGCUCAUUCAGACAGGUGUUGAGCCUGUGCAGGUGCAGGAGACCGUGGAGAAUCACUUGAAGAAUUUGUUGAUCAAACAUUUUGACCCCCGCAAAGCAGACUCUAUCUUUACUGAAGAAGGAGAGACCCCAGCUUGGCUUGAACAAAUGAUUGCACAUACCACAUGGAGAGAUCUUUUCUACAAACUGGCCGAAGCCCAUCCAGACUGUUUGAUGCUUAACUUCACUGUUAAGCUUAUUUCUGACGCAGGGUACCAGGGGGAGAUAACCAGUGUGUCCACAGCCUGCCAGCAGCUGGAGGUGUUCUCCAGAGUACUGCGCACCUCUCUGGCUACCAUUUUGGAUGGAGGAGAAGAAAACCUUGAAAAAAAUCUUCCUGAGUUUGCUAAAAUGGUGUGCCACGGGGAGCACACGUACCUGUUUGCCCAGGCCAUGAUGUCCGUGCUGGCUCAGGAGGAGCAGGGUGGCUCCGCCGUGCGCAGGAUCGCCCAGGAGGUCCAGCGCUUCGCCCAGGAGAAAGGCCAUGACGCCAGUCAGAUCACGCUAGCACUAGGCACGGCUGCCUCCUACCCGAGGGCGUGCCAGGCCCUUGGGGCUAUGCUGUCCAAAGGAGCCCUGAAUCCGGCUGACAUCACAGUCCUGUUCAAGAUGUUUACGAGCAUGGACCCGCCUCCUGUUGAGCUCAUCCGGGUGCCAGCCUUCCUGGACCUGUUCAUGCAGUCGCUCUUUAAACCCGGGGCCAGGAUCAACCAGGACCACAAGCACAAGUACAUCCACAUCUUGGCAUAUGCGGCCAGCGUGGUGGAGACCUGGAAGAAGAACAAGCGAGUGAGCAUCAACAAGGAUGAGCUGAAGUCGACGUCGAAGGCGGUCGAAACCGUUCACAAUCUGUGUUGUAACGAGAACAAAGGAGCCUCUGAACUGGUGGCCGAGCUGAGCACACUCUACCAGUGCAUCAGGUUUCCAGUGGUGGCGAUGGGGGUGCUGAAGUGGGUGGACUGGACCGUGUCAGAGCCCCGAUACUUCCAGCUUCAGACUGAUCACACCCCGGUGCACCUGGCGCUGCUGGACGAGAUCAGCACCUGCCACCAGCUCCUGCACCCCCAGGUCCUGCAGCUGCUGGUGAAACUCUUUGAGACGGAGCACUCCCAGCUGGACGUGAUGGAGCAGCUCGAGCUGAAGAAGACCCUGUUAGACAGGAUGGUACACCUGCUGAGUCGCGGUUAUGUACUUCCUGUUGUCGGUUACAUCCGAAAGUGUCUGGAAAAGCUGGACACUGACAUUUCUCUCAUUCGCUAUUUUGUAACUGAGGUGCUCGACGUCAUAGCUCCGCCAUACACCUCUGACUUCGUGCAGCUCUUCCUCCCCAUCUUGGAAAAUGACAGCAUUGCAGGCACCAUUAAGACUGAAGGGGAACACGACCCUGUGACAGAAUUCAUAGUUCACUGCAAGUCCAACUUCAUUCUCGUAAACUGACCCAGUACCCUCCGGAGCCUAAGAGAACAUUCCAGACCGGGA